UUCAAAGUUCAUAGUACACAGGCACCGGCCUGAUUUCUAGCACGUAGCAAAUUAUUUCAAAACACACACAAUGGCCGGUGACAAUCCAUUCUCGAAACACCUUAAAACCGUCGAGGUUAACGGCGAAAAUCUUCGAUUUUUUGAUCUCACAAGCUUAGAAGACGAACGCUAUGACAAGCUUCCAUAUUCAAUUCGUAUCCUGUUGGAAUCUGCUGUACGAAAUUGUGAUGGUUUUCAAAUCAAGUUAGAAGAUGUUGAGAAAAUAUUAAAUUGGGAAAAAAGUCAGCAUGAUGCGGUGGAAAUCCCAUUCAGACCAGCUCGGGUCAUACUGCAAGAUUUCACUGGUGUGCCUGCAGUUGUUGAUUUUGCUGCCAUGCGAGAUGCUGUCAAGAGAUUGGGAGGUGAUCCAGCUUCCAUAAACCCACUUUGUCCUGUAGAUCUGGUUAUUGACCAUUCGGUACAAGUUGAUGUCACUAGAAAUAAAGAAGCAGUCGCGAGGAAUCAGGAUUUAGAAUUUGAAAGAAACAAAGAAAGAUUUCAGUUUUUGAGGUGGGGCUCGAAAGCUUUCAAGAAUGUCACAAUCGUUCCCCCGGGCUCAGGAAUUGUUCAUCAGGUAAACUUAGAGUAUCUUGGUCGCGUGGUGUUUAAUACGGAUGGAUUACUCUAUCCAGACAGUUUGGUUGGGACAGACUCCCACACAACCAUGAUCAAUGGUCUUGGUAUAUUAGGCUGGGGUGUAGGUGGCAUUGAGGCAGAAGCGGUAAUGCUUGGUCAGGCGGUGAGUAUGAUUCUGCCCAAAGUUGUUGGCUACAAGCUAACAGGCCAACUCAACGGUCUGGCCACGUCGACGGACGUCGUUCUGACCAUCACCAAACAUCUCCGAAAGAUCGGAGUCGUAGGAAAAUUCGUGGAAUUCUUCGGCCCGGGAUUGUCGCAAUUGUCGAUCGCAGACCGGGCGACUAUCGCUAACAUGUGUCCGGAAUAUGGGGCCACUGUAGGAUUCUUUGCCGUGGACGAGAUGAGUAUGAAAUACUUGAGACAAACUGGCCGAGAUGAAGAAAAAAUUCGCGUCACCGAGAAGUACCUAAAAGCAAACAAAAUGUUUCGACAUUUCGAGGAUUCCGAUGAAGAUCCUGUUUUUUCUGAGGUCGUUGAGUUGGAUCUCAGCACGGUUGUGUCAUGUGUUUCCGGACCGAAACGACCGCAUGACAAAGUUGCUGUGGCUGAAAUGCGGAAAGAUUUCAAAGAAUGCCUGAAUAAUAAGGUUGGCUUUAAAGGUUUCGGUCUGUCGGAAGAAAAACAAAAGUCUGAAAGUGUGAUGGACUUUGAGAGUCAAAAUUUCAUUUUAAAACAUGGUGCGGUUGUCAUAGCAGCAAUCACGAGUUGUACGAACACCAGUAAUCCCUCAGUGAUGCUGGGAGCAGGGUUGCUGGCCAAGAAAGCUGUGGAAUGUGGGCUCAAAGUGCGGCCGUAUAUAAAGACCAGUUUGUCUCCAGGAUCUGGAGUCGUCACGUACUAUUUACAAGAAAGUGGAGUCAUACCAGAUUUGCAAGAAUUAGGGUUUGAUAUUGUUGGAUAUGGUUGUAUGACUUGUAUUGGUAACAGUGGUCCGUUACCUGAGCCUGUUGGAAAAGCCAUUGAGCAGGGUGAUUUGGUUGCGGUUGGUGUUUUGUCUGGCAAUAGAAAUUUUGAAGGACGCAUUCACCCCCUAACCCGCGCUAACUAUCUGGCCUCCCCACCUUUGGUCAUAGCAUAUGCCAUCGCAGGAACUGUCGAUAUCGACUUCGAGAAGGAACCUCUGGGUAUUAGCAAGGACGGCAAAGAAAUAUUCUUAAGAGAUAUUUGGCCAAGUCGUGAAGAAAUUCAGGAGGUCGAGAGAAAGUUUGUUAUCCCGGCUAUGUUUAAGGAAGUCUAUUCCAAAAUCACGGAUGGUAAUUCAAAGUGGAAUUCGCUGGAGGUUUCAGAAAGCUUACUUUAUCCUUGGGAUGCAAAAUCUACCUACAUAAAAAGUCCCCCUUUCUUUGACGAAAUGGCGGCAAAUCUUCCAGAAAUUAAGAACAUCGAGCGUGCGGCAGUGUUGCUGAACCUUGGUGAUUCCGUGACAACAGAUCACAUCUCUCCAGCGGGUAGCAUCUCUAGAACCAGUCCAGCCGCUCGGUAUUUGUCGGCGAAGGGGUUAGUUCCACGUCAGUUCAAUUCGUAUGGUUCGCGAAGAGGUAAUGACGCGGUCAUGGCACGUGGUACAUUUGCUAACAUACGAUUGGUCAAUAAGUUCAUAGGAAAGGCUGGACCAAAGACGAUACAUAUUCCGUCGAAUGAGCAGAUGUCGGUUUUUGACGCGGCCGAGAAGUAUCAUUCAGAAAGUCGCUCGUUAAUCAUCUUGGCUGGAAAGGAUUAUGGAUCUGGUUCAUCACGUGACUGGGCCGCUAAAGGACCAUGGAUGUUGGGUAUCAAAGCAGUGAUAGCAGAAAGCUAUGAAAGAAUUCAUCGCAGUAAUUUGGUCGGUAUGGGCGUCAUACCGCUUCAAUACCUGCCCGAGCAAAAUGCCGAGAGCCUGGGCCUAACUGGAAAGGAGAGCUUCAGCAUUGACAUACCGAGUGAUCUAAAGACUGGCCAGACUUUGAAAGUUGAGUUGGAUAAUAACAAAAGCUUUGAAGUAAAAGUCCGCUUCGAUACAGAUUUGGAGCUGACGUUCUUCAAAAAUGGUGGAAUAUUGAACUACAUGAUAAGAAGAAUGGCUUGCAGUUGAGAAGGUGUAGGUCACUUAGGUCGAUUUGAACCUUCAUAGCAAUUCUCGAGUCCCGAAUGCAUAAAAAUCGAUAGAUAAUGGUCGAUAAUCUAUUUGUCAAAAGAAUCCAUUCGGCGCAUGAGAUUUGCGCUCUCUCAGUUGCUGGUUAGUGGUAAUGAUUGCAAUUAGAUGAAUGGUCGCAUAUAAAUAACACUGUGCCUUUUUCAGAUCGUAAUGCUUCGUUUUAAAAGGCCCUGUUACACGGUGCAAUUUUUCUUGCAACUUGCAAUGUAAUUCUACUUCUAAGAGAUGUAAAUGA